CAGGCAAAAGAAGGCUUCCUUGUCUGACUCUGCGCUGCUUGCGGCCUCGCACAGACAGACAGAGAGAGUGAGAGAAAGAGAGAGAGAAGGGGUGGCCUAGGCCCCGGCUGAGGCCCUGAGCUGGCGGGGGAACAGCAGCCGCAACAGAGGCGGAGCGGGAGUGCUAUGGACCCCGCCGAGGCGGUGGUGCAGGAGAAAGCCCUCAAGUUCAUGCCCAGAAUACACAUGCCUAAAGAUGGAUUUCAACUUACAUCUUCUGGAUACCAAGCAUGGCUAAAGCAGUGCUCUAUGCCCCGGUCUCUGUGGCUGGGCUGUUCCAGCCUGGCGGACAGCAUGCCUUCGCUGCGAUGCCUCUAUAACCCAGGGACUGGCGCACUCACAGCUUUCCAGCUGUUAAAGUACCUUCCAACCUGGGUUAUCAUCUUCUGGCUCUAUCUCUUUUUUCAUUUUGGAUUGUUUCAGCAUAGGAUUUUCAAGAAUUCCUCUGAGAGAGAAGAUUGUAACAAUGAUGAGCCUCCCAGGAAGAUCAUUCCCGAGAAGAAUGCACUCAGGCAGACCUACAACAGCUGUGCCAGACUCUGCUUGAACCAGGAAGCCGUAUGCUUAGGGAAUGCUGCUGUGAAGACUGAAAACUGCGUAGCCAAAACAAAACUUGCUAAUAGCACUUCAAGCAUGAUUGUUCCCAAGCAAAGGAAGUUAUCUGCAAGCUAUGAAAAGGAAAAGGAGCUGUGUAUCAAGUAUUUUGAGCAGUGGUCAGAAUCCGACCAAGUGGAGUUUGUGGAACAUCUCAUCUCCCAGAUGUGUCACUAUCAACAUGGGCACAUCAACUCAUACCUUAAGCCUAUGUUACAGAGGGAUUUCAUCACAGCACUGCCAGCUCGAGGUCUGGAUCAUAUUGCUGAGAAUAUCCUGUCAUACCUGGAUGCCAAGUCUUUGUGCGCUGUUGAGCUGGUGUGCAAAGAGUGGUACCGGGUGACGUCUGAUGGCAUGCUGUGGAAGAAGCUGAUCGAGAGGAUGGUCCGGACAGAUUCGUUGUGGAGGGGUUUGGCAGAGCGGCGAGGAUGGGGACAAUAUCUUUUUAAAAACAAGCCGCCUGAUGGAAUAGCGCCUCCCAAUUCCUUCUACAGAGCACUUUAUCCCAAAAUCAUACAAGAUAUAGAGACGAUAGAAUCAAACUGGCGGUGUGGAAGACACAGUUUACAGCGAAUCCACUGCCGGAGUGAAACAAGCAAAGGGGUUUAUUGUUUACAAUAUGAUGAUCAGAAGAUAGUGAGUGGCCUCCGAGACAAUACCAUCAAGAUCUGGGACAAAAAUACACUAGAAUGCAAGAGGAUUCUGACAGGACACACAGGGUCAGUCCUUUGCCUCCAGUAUGAUGAGCGGGUGAUCAUCACUGGAUCAUCAGAUUCCACUGUCAGAGUGUGGGAUAUAAAUACGGGUGAGAUGUUAAACACGCUGAUUCAUCACUGUGAAGCGGUACUGCAUCUGCGCUUUAAUAACGGCAUGAUGGUGACGUGCUCCAAAGAUCGUUCCAUUGCUGUGUGGGACAUGACCUCCCCAACAGACAUCACUUUACGAAGGGUUCUGGUUGGACACAGGGCAGCUGUAAAUGUGGUAGACUUCGAUGACAAGUACAUUGUGUCGGCGUCAGGUGAUAGAACAAUAAAGGUAUGGAACACAAGUACCUGUGAGUUCGUGCGUACUUUAAAUGGCCAUAAGCGAGGCAUUGCAUGUCUACAGUACAGAGAUAGACUAGUCGUCAGUGGUUCAUCAGACAAUACAAUCAGGUUAUGGGACAUUGAAUGUGGGGCAUGCCUGCGGGUUCUGGAAGGCCAUGAGGAGCUGGUGAGAUGCAUUCGCUUUGAUAGCAAGAGAAUAGUCAGUGGAGCCUAUGAUGGGAAGAUUAAAGUCUGGGAUUUGGUGGCUGCUCUCGACCCACGUGCUCCUGCUGGAACCCUCUGUCUGCGCACUCUUGUGGAGCACUCUGGUAGAGUUUUCCGUCUCCAAUUUGAUGAAUUUCAAAUUGUCAGUAGCUCGCAUGAUGACACCAUCCUUAUCUGGGACUUCCUGAAUGAUCCAGCUACCCAAGCAGAAUCUAACCGCUCCCCCUCCAGAACAUAUACUUACAUCUCCAGAUAAAUAGCACUAGACUGUACCUCACACUUGCACAGGACUCAUUUAAGCUGCGAUAUUUAAAUUAUCUGCCAAUGCCGGGGCAAAAGAAUUAUCCACAUUAACAGUUAUUACUGAAGAGAGAUUCACAGACACACUUCUGGAACCAAGUUGGCAUGUGGUUGAUCUCAGACAAGGUCUUCUCAGCACAGCUGACUGCUCAAGUGCUGCUAUAUCAAAAGAUUGCUUUUAUCGUUCAUGAAUAACUGAUGUAUACACCUCCCUUCUUCCCACACUCAUUUCCUCUCUUGGCUGAUUGCAGACAUCCUUAAAAUAUGUUUAACAUGUUACCAGAAUGUCAUGUUUUACUCUUAAGUCGAAAGAGUAACCAUCUGGGAGAAUCACCUUUUGAUGUGUUGGUAGGAGGGGAACAGUAGGCUGAUGCCUCUACCUUUCAGGACUUCCCUCUAGUGUUGGAAGGACCUUGGACUUUAGAGAAGAGCCAAAUUAAUGCCAAAUGAAGGCCCUGGGGGCCAGAAGCCUGUUAAGUGGUCUUGAUGGAAAUCUAAGCAAUUUCAGCUAAGCCCUUUGCAGUUACUCAACUGUAUGAAAUGUUGGACUGGCAGAUGCCAGUAAGUGGAAAUUUAAGCUUUUUUCUGCCAAAGUCUAAUGUUGUUUAAGAGUAUGUGGGAGGGUGUAUUGGUGCUGAUGUCGAGUUUAUUGGUUCAUGGGCCACAUUUCAUCAUCAAAAGGAUGUACCAAGAACAGAUCUCAGUGUUCUCCUGGUUUCCUUCAUUUUUGGCGCAUUCCUUAUUCCAAGCAAGAGCUUGACUUCAGAAUUAGUAGAGCAUCCCAGUUGGACUCCAUCAGCAGAGAUUGAUUUAGUCAUUCCAGUUUUCCAGCUAACCUGAUUGUAUCAUUGUUCAGGAGCUGACAUUGGUGCAUUGGAAGGGAACUACUAAAGUAAUGGGAAGCUAUGUUAACUCUACUGUUCAGCCUACAACUGUAGGACCAAUUUGUUGGGGAUGGGAGAAUGGCAGAAAAGAAAAGCAGUGGGUUUUAUCUAGGAGUACAGAAGUAAACCUUUCAUGGUACUAAUUAGCUGACAACACAUUAGGAAACUAUACAUAAUUGCCAUCGCUAAUGGGAAUAUCAGAAACCUCUGUCUCCUAGCAUGGAAAGCUUAAGAGGAGGCUGGCAAAGGUUUGUUUUAAGUUAGCAUGUAGGAAACAAAUGUUUCAUUUUCUGCUGCUAGGUAAGCAAGUUCCCUUCAUGGCCUGUUUCCUCAUUUUCUUGGGAGUAUCAGUUGCCCAAGGAAUCAUCCAUGAUAACGUUUAGCAUUUGCCACAGCAGGUCUUGUUGGCCAGAAGUUGAUGGGAGCUGGGAAAUUUGGGCAGCUGGUCCUGUCCACAUGGCUCUCAACAGUGGUUCAGAGAGAUGUCUCUGCCACAUGGGUUUCAGCCUACAUAUAAUCCAGGCCUUUAUUAGCACCAAAGGCAUGGUCAGAGACAACUGUUCUCUGGUGCCAUGGAGAAGUCAUGCCGAUCUGAUCUUUUUGUGUAUGCUUCUUGAACAAAGACCCUUCAUAAAUCAGAAAGUUUUGCCUUGCCUAGUUUGUCCAGCAAGAGAAAAAGAGGCAGUUUAUCACAUACUACUUCUUAAUCAUGUUGCCCUUAACAUUGUUUAGCCACUGUGCCCUUGGGUCUCGUGCCUACUAUUCUCUUAGGUCCCAAAGUUUGUGGCAUUGCUUGUAUAUAAGACUGUUGAUCUGCAAAAGCUGGAGCAUCAACAGGUUUCUCUUCUUUCCCUUGUUUUCAGGUAAAGCUGUAAGAUCCAUGUUUUCUCUCCUGAAUGGGGGGGGGGGUGUUUGUUUGGCAGUGGCUCUGUCAAACACAUGGGAUUUUGUCAAACUCUUGCUGAGUUCUGAAAAGUUGGAGAUCAGAUGAAAAUGAUGGAUAGAACCCUUCCUUGACAGUCAUGGUCCUCCUCUUUCUUGCUGCUGCUCCCAAAGUACUGGUUUGUUUGUUUUCUAAACAAACAUUUUACUGGACAAUUAAUCACAAUGUGUAAAUCAUAACCUUAAGGGGAAAAUAGUGAGAUAUUCCUGUACACCAUUUCAAAAGAAGUUAAAAUGGCAUCUUUCUGCUGAAUAAAGAUCUACCAUGUGAUGGCAUGGAAAAAGGAUACUGGAAAAGGGUGACCUCCUCCAUCAACUUCUAGCCCACUCAAGUUGUAUGAUCGCAAAGGGAAUGGUGUUUUUACUGCCUUUGGUCUACUGUAUCUCCAGCCAUUAACUGUUUGGCAGUGUUGGUGUUCCAUAGAAGAGGAAGCUUUGAAAUCUUCUACAUUGUCAUCUCUGUAUGUUACCUGUAUAAUGGAUUGACUGGAUAGGUAAUUCUCAAAUGGAUCUGAAGUAAAAGCUGGAAGGAGAAUUUUAAUCAUACUAAUACUUCUGAAAAGAGGGUUGAGUUCUACAGCAACUUGCUGUAGAAUGAAAUGCUAACUUUGAAUUGAUGGUCUCAAAAAACCUUUCACUCCUUGAAGGGGAGAGCUCUGCAGGCAGGUACUCAGGAGGAAAAGCAGCACACAACUGGCUCUUAGCCAUAGGAGAAAUCCUUUCUAUAAAAAUGUACAUAUCUAGUCCUAGGACAGUUGAUUCCUUCAAAAUAUCUGAGUUCAAUAUAGGCAGACAAGUAUGUAGCAUAGGACCUCGCCCUCUCCCCCCAUAAUGUUGAGUCACUGUCACUGUUCCUGACUAAACACUGGGACAAGCUAAACGUUUUGAUGAUUAUUUAAGGUGUUGUGCUUGUUUUUGAAAUAAGGUGAGAGACAUCUUGCGGCUACAGGAAAAAAAGAAAUAGCCUACUACUUUGAAUUCAUGGAAGGAGAAGAAAGAGUUACUUAUGUGUGUUUCCCUUCUCUAAGUUCAUAUGUAUAAAUCUGCCUAUUUGAGCCCAUGUGAGUAACACUUUUCCAAAUGAGGUCAACUGGUCCUGUGGGCUUCCUUCCUUCCUUCCAGGUCCAGUUCAAAGAUGCCUAGGAGUUAUCAGUGUUACCAAGAGAAAUGGUUGUUCAUGUGUUUUCUGUUUUGCUGUGUGCAAGUAAAAAGAUACGCUCUGCAGGAGGGUAGAAGAAAAAUGCAAUGGUUUCCAAAGGCUUAUCUGGGUUGCAUGCUUCCAUUUACUCUGUCCUCCUGGAAUUGGGCAGGGAGAACAGGAAAAACCUCAAGAGAUGCAGGACUUUUCUGGGGUCCCUAAGUGACCUAUAGGAUGCAUAUUAACAAUGCUCAGCAGUGCUGUGAUUCAUUCCCCUCCCCUUUAGUUAGUUCUCCUGAAACAGUAAAUCUUCCAAAUGAUGGUCAUUCCACCUCAUAUCGUACUUCUGGGUGAGUCUGUCCAACCGGGGAUGAGUCCACAAUGACCAUGGAAGCACAAUUUGCACUGUAGGCUACCUUGACACAAGCAGUCUUCACUUGGGUCUAAAUGCUGCAUGCUGGGAACUGCAUGUUCCAGAAGCAAAAUCCGUGUAUUAUAAGAUGUGUUUGCUUUCUACUGAUCUGUAACACAGCACCUGGAAUAAAGCAUGGGUGCAGCCCAUCUUUUAGAAGGCUCCCCAGUGAAGUUGUGGUCCAUCCGCUUUUCAGUCAAGAGAGUCCCUCUUUGCGGCUUCGCAGCAUCUUUCUUCAUGAAUAUAGUGACAUGUUGCAGCAAUUUAGUACAUCUGCAGAAUGCCAUUGGGCUGUAGCUCAGUUGUACUCGGAGCCUCUUAAGGUGACAGGGAACAUACCUAGAUUUGUUACGAAUUGUUAGUACUGUUUUAGUGACGCAAAGUAUGCUCAGGAAGGGGUCCUUUAACAACGCCACACUAGCCCUAGCAUUGGAUCAUAACCGUACAUCCAACCCUCUUUGGAAACCAUUACCUGACUCAUGCCUCUAAAAUGCCUGCAGACUCUCUGAGCUGAAGUCGUCUUUCCAAACGCAGAAAUAUUUGCCCUGGAGUACUGCACAGCUUUUCUGCAGAAAAAUAAGUUGUCUGUUAAUGCAGGUCUACCUAUGUGCAUAGAAAAUUCAAAAUUUAGUGUUCACAAUAAAUGAUGGAAAUCAGUAAAUGUACCCAGUUUUGCUUAAUUUGUAUUAAUUUGCAUGCUUUGUUCUUGCACAAUAUUCAAACACUAGGCAAGGAGCGGUGGACCGGCGAGAGGCAAGGGAUGGACAUGAGUGCCUAUAUGAGCAAGAGCAAACUUGCAGGCAUUGAAUAUGGGCUGCAGAAACUGAAGCUUUAUUCUUUGACCAGAAUAUUUCACAGCGAUUCCUGCAUGUUUUCAAAUGUAUUUUCCUUAUAAUGUGAGUUUGAAUCUUCUUGUGUUUUUUUUAAAGGGAAGCUGAGAUUUCAGGAAUCUAAUGUGUGUACAUCAAUAUCGUGCAUGCAGAAUUGGAGAGAACAUGCCCUGCAUGCUCUGGCAGAUGCUUUAUCAGAAAGGCGCAGGAACUUUUUAAUAAAAUACUUCUAAAUGCCCCCAUUUUUAUUUUCUACAUGCCACUUCAUAAUCCUACUUAGCUGCCUUUAUUGGUUCAUGAAGAGCUUUGAUUUCUUUAGCUCUGUGAAACAAAAUAAAUGGUCACAAUUUUUUACUUAAUGAAAUUAGGAUUUUUGAGUAGGAAAAAAGAAAGUAGUUGUGGGUCCAUACACUUGGGAAGGUUGCAAAAAAAUAUAAUGGCAGACUUUAUUAUGUCUUUUCAAAAAAAAACAAAACAACAGCAAUUUCCCCUUUCUGUUUUUGUAUAGACAAUGGAAAGGCAUGCAACUUCAAAAUCUUUCAAAGUAGAAUUGGGUGUAAGGACAAUUUAUCCAAUAGCUCGUUGUUCCUUUAAAAGUAAACACCCAGACCACUACACGCCUAUUGCCGGAAGCUCAGAGAAUUGUGGCCACACGUUAGAAAGCAUAUGAUCUUACUUGUACCUCUACUCUCUCUGUUCUCUAGAUUCUAAUAAGUGGUUUGGAAUUUUUGCCAUUAUGUUCUGGUGAUGUGUAGCUACCGUACUAAUGUUCAUUUGAGCUAGGGUCGCAGUAACAAGUGUGUUUUUUAAAGACUAUUUUAACUGUUCAGAAGAUAAAUAUAAAUAUAAGAUUAAGCUGUGAACAUA